ACGCUGUCAGUUGACAAACGUGACCACGAGUCACUGACAUUUAUUUGUUGUUCAAACGCAUUUCGUUUAUUUUUUUGUUUUGUUAUAAUAAUGGCUCGAAAGCGUAAAAUUCCUGUAAGAAAACAUCACGGUGUACGUGACCCGCUGCAGCAAAUCGAACAGCGUGAAAAGAAACUAGCCAAUGUGACAAACAAUCCGCCCACUCAAAAAGACGAUCAACGCGGUUCCUACAAAUUUCAGCAGUUCAAACGUUUGGCCGACACUGCCAAGGCAGGCAAAAAGCUCAAAUUCGGAGCUGUGGGCAAAGAGGAUGUGCCCAAAGCAACAACAUCGAAGCAGCCAAAGAAAUCGCAAUCCAAUAGCAAUAAUAAACAUACCAACAUUAAGCAGCUGGCCGAUGAAACGGAUGAGGACUAUUUGCGACGUGUGAAUCGAAUGACAAGCGCAUCGGUGCGCGAAGCACAAUACGAGGCCAAAUACGGCGUGAAUGUGAUACGCAAUCCGCAGACAGGCGAAAUAACGGUUCAGAAGCGGCCCAAGAACGAGAUCGAUGAGCUGCUCAAGCAGAAGCAAAAGGAGCGCCACCUAGCGAAGAGUGGACGCAAGAAGCAACAGAAGAAGACGGCAAAUCUAAUGGAUGCGAAGACCAGCAAGGAGCUGAUAAAGCGUGCCUACAAAGAAGCAGAUGAAGAGGACGACGAUGAUGAUGAGACUGCUGGGCCUACCGAAUACAAACGGGAUGUCUUCAAAUUUGGCGAAAUUGUGCAUGCGCCGCCCACGCUUAAAACGCUGCCACGGAAGGCGGCCAAAAACGAGACUGUGCCGCGUCCAGGCAGCAAAUCGAAUCUUCUGCUCAAGUCGCUGAUAGAGAAACCCACAUCGAGCGCAGACACUGUUGAAUCAUCAACUUCGUCGUCGCCCGUCAAGGCGAAAAAGAAGAAGCUGCUGAAUGCUACGCCAACGAAACAACAACUGAAGGGCAAGCGUAAAGAUUUGCCAGCUGCCACACGCAACAUGCUAGAGGGGGAGCGCAGCAAGAUGAUUGAUUUGUAUCGACAGCUGAAAAAAGAACAUAGCAACAACGAGGCGACGACGACGAUACGUCGUUAGUUAGUUAACAUUGUUGUAAUGUUUAUUUAUCUUUUAUCAAACAUUCUCAACCUUGGAAGAACCCAAAAAAAUGCGAGAAAAAAUUAACAAAA